AUGUCAGGACGUUGUUCGACGAAAUUGUCUUUUGAAUUGCCACUUUUCCUUGCUUAUGUGACAGGCAACGAUGCAUGCGAUGUGUUGUUGGAGCUGGAAAGAGAAUAUGAUGUAAAAUUUAUCGUAGGUGAAGAUUCGGUUUAUGUCGAAGGCUUGAAGGAGCAGAACCUGAAGCCCAUUAAAGAAGCACUUUCUCUUGCUUGGAAAAUGGAUAAUUUUCAGCGUGCUGUAGAAAUUUGUGAAUUAGCGGCUAAAUCAGAAUAUCAAUUUCUGUUUGAAGUAUCACCUUCGGAAGCUGCUCUUAUACAAUUGAAUGCUAAAACUCUUCUACACCGAACGGGAGUACUGCAGCUGAAAACAGAUAGUAAUGGUCAUGUGUGUAUUUUCGGGAAUGGAGCUUCAAUUUGUGAUGCAUAUGAUACGAUAGUUUCGAUCCUUCGCAAAGCAUCUUUCAAGAACAACAAUGCUUUGCAAGGCUUUAAUGAGGAGCCUUGCGUUCUGCUGAUGUAUAUUCCGAGUGCGAUUGCGCAUUUUGUAUUUUCGAACGAUAAGCGAAGUAUAAAUGCUCUGGAACGUUCAUCCCGAUGCGUCGUUGAACCACAUUUUAAGGAUGCUGGUGCUGUUGGUAACACUCAGGUUGAUAUAAUCACCAAAGAUCUCGCCAAAGCAUUAGCUGCAAAGACAGCAUUGAUGGAACUAAUUGAAAGUCAUGUUGGAAAAAUUCAUAAAUGGCCAACUCCAGUAACAGUUUGCUGUGGCUCGCGUGUUUCACGCUCAAUUCCAGAAGUGUCUUGUCGCACAUUGGAUGAGUGCGAAGCUGUACUACGUGGUCCAACAGACAAAAGCUUGACUUUUAGCGUGCCUGCUUGUGAAGCUUCGCGUCUAAUUGGGAUUCGAGGAGUAAAUAAGAAAAGGAUUGAGGAGCGCACAAACUGCUUUAUUUCAUUGCACACAGAGGCAAAGCAUGGGGAUGAACUUCCUAUAGAAAUAAUUGGCCAAAAUGUGAAAGAAUGCGAAGCUGCUCAGGCUUAUAUCCAAAAAUUUCUGAAAGAAACACCCGGAAUGAAUAAAAACAUAACUUGCACUAGUUUAUCAGGUGGAAUGCAAUCAUCUCAACGUCUUAAUUCGGCAUUGGAACUGUCGCAGCUGGGCCAUUAUACAACACAAGUACCGAAAAUCCAAUACAAUGGCAAAUAUUACGAAAAGUGAUGUCGAG